AUGACAUGGGUUGCUACCCUUCUUGUUUGGCUUGUGUGCCAUGUCUAUCCAUCGAUCGCAGUGCCGACGGGUACCGGACAUGUUAACACGCGCGCUGACGUUCCAGCCGAUUUUCGCUCUCCUCCAUACUAUCCAACGCCCAGGGGUGGCUGGGUGUCAACUUGGGCAGAAGCAUACGCCAAAGCCCAUGCAGUCGUUUCUAAAAUGACGUUGGCAGAAAAGGUGAAUCUUACAACAGGAACUGGCUAUUUGAUGGGUCAAUGCGUUGGCCAGACCGGCAGUGCGCCCCGUUUUGGGAUUCCCAGGCUUUGUCUGCAGGACGGGCCGUUGGGGCUUAGAAACACGGACCACAAUACUGCAUUUCCGGCAGGAAUUUCCGUAGGAGCGACUUUCGAUAAGAAACUCAUGUACGACCGAGGACGGGCCUUGGGUGAAGAGUUCCGUGGAAAAGGCGUUAAUAUUCACCUAGGACCUUCUGUAGGUCCCCUUGGACGCAAGCCACGGGGUGGACGAAACUGGGAGGGAUUUGGCUCAGACCCGUCCCUUCAAGCCAUAGCUGGUGCCGAGACCAUUAAGGGCGUUCAAAGCACCGGUGUUAUUGCAACAAUCAAGCACCUGGUGGGAAACGAGCAGGAGAUGUAUAGGAUGACCAACAUCAUCCAAAGAGCAUAUUCGGCGAAUAUUGACGACCGCACUCUGCAUGAGCUAUACCUGUGGCCAUUUGCUGAAGGAGUCAACGGGUCAUCAAGUUGCCAAAACAGCAUGUUGAUGAACGGUAUUCUUAAAGAUGAACUCGGCUUCCAAGGCUUUGUCAUGACAGACUGGUUUGCUCAUAUUGGGGGUGUCUCUUCCGCUUUAGCAGGCUUGGAUAUGAGCAUGCCAGGCGAUGUGACAAUCCCAUUGUUCGGGGCCAGCUUCUGGGGCGCGGAGCUUUCUCGUUCGGUCUUGAAUGGGACAGUCCCUCUUGAACGCCUAAACGACAUGGUGUCUAGAAUUGUAGCCACAUGGUAUAAACUUGGCCAGGACAAAAACUUUCCUUUGCCAAAUUUUUCCACUUACACGAACAAAGCAACUGGGCUCAUAUAUCCUGGCGCGCUAUUUUCCCCCAUUGGAGUUCUGAAUCAGUAUGUCAAUGUACAAAAGGAUCACCAUAAGUUGGCCCGAGUGAUUGCUCGAGAUUCGAUCACCUUACUGAAGAACGAAGAUAACUUGCUGCCUCUGAGUCGCAAUCGGUCCCUGAAGGUGUUUGGAACAGAUGCGGGCACAAACCCACAGGGUAUUAAUUCCUGUAUUGACAAAGCUUGCAACAAAGGGGUCCUCACAAUGGGCUGGGGUAGUGGAACUUCGAAUCUUCCGUAUCUGAUUACACCCGAAGACGCUAUUAGAAACAUCUCGAAUACCGCCGAGUUCUAUAUCACUGACAGGUUUCCAAAUAGAGUCGAAGCAAAGGCAGACGAUGUCGCCAUUGUUUUCGUGAAUGCUAAUUCGGGCGAAAAUUAUUUAAUUGUUGAGCUGAACCCCGGAGAUCGAACGACUGCACAGCUGAACCUCUGGCAUGGCGGAGAUGCGUUGAUUGAAGCUGCCGCAAAGAAAUUUUCAAACGUAGUGGUUGUCGUUCAUACCGUGGGUCCUAUUCUCAUGGACAAGUGGAUAGACCUUCCCUCCGUCAAGAGCGUCCUGUUUGCACAUCUCCCUGGACAAGAGGCCGGAAAUUCCAUAACAGACAUCUUAUUUGGAGAUUUCAGUCCGAGUGGUCAUCUGCCGUACACUCUUCCGAAAGCAGAGUCUGAUUAUCCUCAAAGUGUGUCCCUCAUUAAUCAGCCAUUUGGACAGAUACAGGACCCCUUCUCGGAAGGACUGUUUAUCGAUUAUCGGCAUUUCCAGAAAGCAAACAUCACUCCUCAAUAUCAUUUCGGUUAUGGUCUGUCGUACACAACAUUUGACUUCUCAGACGCUACGUGGGCCGUGCGUACCCCACUCACCGAGUAUCCUCCUCCACGCAAGCCAAAGGGUGAUGCUCCCGCAUAUUCUAACAGCAUCCCGCCAGCCUCCGAAGUAGAAUGGCCAAAGGACUUGAAAAAAAUCUGGCGUUAUCUGUAUCCCUACCUUAACAAUCCUUCCAGCAUCAAACCAAAGUCGGACUACCCGUAUCCAGAUGGGUAUUCAACGACACCUAAGCCCGGACCACGAGCUGGGGGCGGAGAGGGCGGUAAUCCCGCGCUUUGGGACGUGGUCUUCGUAGUAUCCGUCAAGGUCACCAAUACUGGUAAGAAAGCUGGGCGCGAAGUUGUUCAGUUGUACGUCGAGCUGCCUGUCGAUGGCUCCUAUCCCACCCCAAAAUACCAGCUGCGACAGUUUGAAAAAACGAAAUCUCUGCAGCCCGGAGACAGUGAGGUGCUGACUAUGGAAAUCACGAGAAAGGACGUGAGUGUCUGGGACACGGUGGUGCAAGAUUGGAAAGCCCCUCGCGCUGGUCAAGGUGUAAAGCUCUGGAUUGGUAAACAUGUAGGGGAUAUGAAGGCAGUUUGUGAGACUGGUAUAACAAAUAGUUGUCGCUCUUUGGACUAA